GUCUGACAGUGACCCCUGAAUUCAACAGUGUAACUCUGGAGGAGAAGAAUAAACGUUUGACUUUUAUGAAACAUCACAUGGGAAACUUACUGUCCAAUGAAAUAUCAGGUAUUCUUAGAAAGCAUGGUGCAUGGAAUGAUUGGCAAGUUCUGGAAAGAGACUUAAAUUGCCUUUUAAAUGGGAAUUUUGAAGUGGAGAACGUUAGUUUGAAGGAACAGGAGAUAAUCAAAGAACUAGAAGACGUUUGUCAAAGAGCCAAGGUGUCAAAAGUAGAAUCCAAAGUGCCAUUUACUAGUGUUGUGAGAUGUGAAACUAAUGAAAAUCAGGAGUUCUUGAAUUUAAUGAAACGACUUGGACUUGAUAAGUACUAUCAUAGGAAAAUGGGGACAGCCAUUUUCAAACUCAUUACCGAGACGUCUUUGCAGGACAGACAGCCCUGCACAGAAAAUCAGCUGCCAUUUUGUUUUUUGCAAAAUGAGGAAUCCUUGCAGGACAGCCAGCCCCGCACAGAGGAUCAGCUGCCAUUUUGUUUUUUGCAAAAGCUGUUAAUGGUGGACUAUCGGGUCCGGUACCUGGUUUGUAAGGAUGAGGGUCAAACCAAACCAGCUAUAACAAGGGGGUUGAAUGCCACAGACAAAGAGUGUGACUCCUCAGAGACGUUUGAUGACUUUUUUGAUGAUCUUAGUGAGGGAGCCCAUGAAUCUGCUACAAGCCAGGGACACGUGCACCCAAUGGAUCUCCAGAUGGCAAUUUUUCACUGUGCCGAUGAUUUCAUGAGACAAUAUGUUGCAACGAAGCUCGCUUUCUGCCAGUUUGCACUCCCCUUGCUGGUGCCAAAUCCUCACACCGCACAAAUAGAAUUCCCCCUGUGGGCCCUGAGCCAGGUUCAAAAGAGCUGGAAAAGUGCCAAAAAGUCAGGAGAGCAGACCAGCAUUACAAAUUAUAACACACUGAUUUACCAAGCAGAGACGCCCCUGGUGUCCUUCACCCAGAUAGGCCAGUCGCCUCAUUCGUCUAAGUCCCAGAUCCUGAACGCCCUGCUGAGUAAGCACAAGCAUGACGUGUUUUUCCACCGUCACUGCAGGGGCAGCAGCAGAGACUGCCUGCUGAUGAAGGGGGUUGUGGAAAUCGCCUGGUACUGCCCAGGGGGAAAGGACGAUGACAGAUUCGACAAUUGUGUCGCAUUCACCAACCUGCACGGGGACGCCAGAGAGCACGAGCCACAGUGGAUCUUUCAUGAAGAUAAGACGCAGCUAAAGAAUGAGUCUAUCUCUGAAUUAGGUGGUCUCUUGCAAGUCCUACAGGAAAUGAACACUCACAUAGAGGAAAUUACCCAUGGCCCUACAUCCUCUGAAGCAACAGUGCAGAAAGCAAAGGCGCUCAGAGAGAAAAUGCAGACGGAUAUCGAGCUGUUAUUGCUCUGCAUUGCAGCCAGCGCAGGUGUAAAUCUGAAGGAGAAGACUAAACGUUUGACAUUUAUGAAAUGUCACAUGGGAAACGUACUGUCCAAUGAAAUAUCAAAUCUUCUUAGAAAGCACGGUGCUCAGGACAAUUGGGAAGUUCUGGAAAGAGACUUAAAUUGCCUUUUAAAUGGGAAUUUUAAAGCUGAGAAUGUUAGUUUGAAGAAACAGGAGAUAAUCAGAGAACUAGAAGACGUCUGUCAAAGAGAAAAGGCAUCAAAAAUGGAACCCAAAGUGCCAUCUACUGGUGUUGAAACAUGUGAAACUAAUGAAAAUCAGGAGUUCUUGAAUUUAAUGAAACGACUUGGACUGGAUAAGUACUACCCUAGGAAAAUGGGGACAGCCACUUUCCAUCUCAUUACUGAGGAAUCCUUGCAGGACAGCCAGCCCCGCACAGAGGAUCAGCUGCCAUUUUGUUUUUUGCAAAAGCUGUUAAUGGUGGACUAUCGGGUCCGGUACCUGGUUUGUAAGGAUGACGGUCAAUCCAAACCAGCUAUAACAAGGGGGUUGAAUGCCACAGACAAAGAGAGUGACUCAGAGACGUUUGAUGACUUUUUUGAUGAUCUUAGUGAGGGAGCCCAUGAAUCUGCUACAAGCCAGGGACACGUGCACCCAAUGGAUCUCCAGAUGGCAAUUUUUCACUGUGCCGAUGAUUUCAUGAGACAAUAUGUUGCAACGAAGCUCGCUUUCUGCCAGUUUGCACUCCCCUUGCUGGUGCCAAAUCCUCACACCGCACAAAUAGAAUUCCCCCUGUGGGCCCUGAGCCAGGUUCAAAAGAGCUGGAAAAGUGCCAAAAAGUCAGGAGAGCAGACCAGCAUUACAAAUUAUAACACACUGAUUUACCAAGCAGAGACGCCCCUGGUGUCCUUCACCCAGAUUGGCCAGUCGCCUCUUUCUUCUAAAUCCCAGAUCCUGAACGCCCUGCUGAGCAAGCACAAGCAUGACGUGUUUUUCCACCGUCACUGCAGGGGCAGCAGCAGAGACUGCCUGCUGAUGAAGGGGGUUGUGGAAAUCGCCUGGUACUGCCCAGGGGGAAAGGACGAUGACAGAUUCGACAAUUGUGUCGCAUUCACCAACCUGCACGGGGACGCCAGAGAGCACGAGCCACAGGCCACAUUCCUACAGGAGAUCGCGUCGGUCAACGUGGUUCUCUUGUCAGAUACGGAUCAGAAGGACACAAGGAGCAAAUGGAAAACAAACAUGGAAAUGAAACUGAAAGAGCUUAAAUCGUCUCUUAUUGAUGAAAUGAUGAAGAAAUCUGAGGAACUUAUUAGGCUAAGGGAGAAGCAAAGCAAACUGGAUGAGAGAAAGGCAGGGUAUGAAAAGGAGCUUUUUGAAAAGAGCCAAGAGCUGGCUCUGUCGUUAAAAGGCAAACAACUGAGUGACGAUCAACUGAGAGAGAACUUUAACCGCCUGUGGAACGAAUGGGUCUGUGAAGUGGCCUUGGAUGUCCCUUCUGCUGAGGAGCCCAACAUCAAGAUUGAUAUAGAAAACAUCCUGCUCAAAUGUUUUGAAACAAAAUCUGUUAUACUGGAAAAACUUAAGGCUUCAUCCAGCGAUUGGUUUUCCACUGAUUUAUCCAAGCAUGUCACCAUGAAGAGAACAUUGCUUGUGUUCAAAAAGACUUUAGAGAAGUGCGAUAGAGACUGCAUAAAGGAGGUGACAGCCCGUAUCAUGCAGGGCGUCAGAGCUAUCAUCAGUAUGAGAGAGACAGGCCAAAUUUAUGAAGCGCUGGAUGCGAUGGAUACAAAGGACAAAUGUUUUCUUAAACUACCUCAAAUAGCAGCUGACCUGAUGGUGUCGGGGUAUCCCAUUGAGCUGAUGGACGUUCAGCGUCAGUGCAUGCACAGGGCAUUUAAAAAAGCACACGACCCGAUCGUCUACCUGGAGAGCAAAAGGGAAGAUUUCUUCAAGUGCUUCCAGAUUUCCUGCCAAGGAGCAACCUCCAUCGCAGCAUUUGCUGAGUUCCUAUGCAGCAAGCUCGCUGCAGCCCUCCGCCAGGCCGUCUAUGACAGGACGGUCAUUGACAUCGCCAAUGAGAUGAAGUCUAUACAUCCAGCUUUCAAUGGGAACAGAUCCAACCUAGAAAACCAUAUUCUUGUGUAUCUGGCCGAGAAGGAAAACUUUGCGGAGUACAGGCAAUACAUUCAAUCCCCAAAACACUUUUUUGAGGAUUUUAUCAAGCAGAGUGUUGAUGAUUAUUGCUUAGACAAGGACAAUCCAAAACUGCAGCGUUUCCUAAACAAUUCCCUGGAUGAUUUCCAUACACGUGUCCUUUCAGCUAUUCGUGACUCAACUAAAGUUACUAAAGACAAAAGUGGCAACGUUUCCUUCUGGCUGGAUGAAUUCUGCAGAGGGCUUCAAGAGUAUUUAACUCUUCCCAGAAGUGAGCUAAAAAGCAUUGAACAUCAGGAGGUAACUGACAUGGAGUUUCUUAAGGAAGCCCUGAGUAAGGCGUUGACUCCUGUGGUGGGAAAUCUGCGAAAAGACUUUGCUGCCAUUGAUAUGGAGCCAUUUUCACGAAAGCCCCAUGAGAUCCUCGCUGAACAGCUCGGUGGGUGCUGGGAGCAGUGCCCUUUUUGCUCAGCUCUUUGCAUAAACACCAUGUCUGGUCAUGAUGGAGAGCACAGUGUGCCCUUCCAUCGGCCUCAGGGUGUGAGUGGUGGGUUUUGGUAUAAAACAGACCAUCUAGUUACUGAGAUUUGUUCCAGUCUUGUAGCAAGUGAUUGUCUAUACAUACUUAAUGACGAUCAACACAUUCCCUAUAAGAGGUACUGGGAAGGAGGACCCCCUUACUCCGAGUGGAGCAUCACACCAGACAUGUCAGAGCAACCUUACUGGAAAUGGUUUGUGUGUCAUUUCAAACCUGAGAUAGAAAAACUCUAUGGUAGAACAUUUGAAGGCAAAGGGAAAAUCCCUUCUCAAUGGAGAAACAUCACAAAGGAUGCUCUGCUCAGAGAGCUGAGCCGUGUGUAAUCCUCAGCCAGUCAGAAGGAAUAACUGUAAGUUGACAUGGCAGAGCCCUUUCUAAACAAUUGGGAAGAUCUGUGUCGGGGGCAGGGGAGGAUUAAAGCCCGGGGUAUUGCUAGCACCCAAUCUAAUGUGUGUGAUUCACUCGUCAUGGAAAAGCAUUUCCAGUAGAGCUCAAUAGGGCUACAUGAUACUCAUUGUCUACAAGUGUUUAGAUUUUAGAGGGUGCGGGUGUGUCUGAAUCAGGGCCAUCUCCAGGGGGAUGGGGCAACCUACC